UGUUAAACAACAAAAACAAAAACUCUUAUCUUUUGCAAACGAGCAUUAUUGUUUCAUUCUGUUCAUUUCGGUACGUAACGUAACUCUGGAGAAACAUAGUCGGGUUUAAUCUUACAUUGUAUGGCGAAUUGAGAACAGUGUAGCGUCGUUCAUCCAGCUAAUAAGGCGAUGUUUAUUAUCAGCUACUGGUGAUUAUUUCACGUGCUAUAAAGUGUGUUUUUGCUUGAAGGAGGUUUUCGUUGCAUAGUUUGUAGGGAUCGAUUGACUGGCUAUUUAACUCAAAAUGCCAAAUUUAGAAUCUUUAACAAUACACAUUAAGAGUGGCGAAAAGUGUCACACCUUGAAAGUGGAUAGAGCAUCAAUGGUUCGAGAUUAUGAGGAGCUAGACUGGUUCAUAAAACAUGACAGUCCCAUUACUGAAACAGUGCGAUACCACAUCUGUUGGUUAGAUGAAGGGACCAAUACACCAAUCAGAAUUACCACGGAGCGCGGAUACCAAACGUUUUUGCGAGCAAACGUAAAUGCUGAUGCGGUAUUGGGUGUGUUGGCUGAACCUAUUUAUGAAAACAAUCCAAUGAAGUAUUUGAAAAUGGCUGGUGAAUUUUUGUCUAAAAUAUAUUCGUGCUUCGAAGCUGGCAAAGCGAUAAAGGGUGCACUGUCUUUAGGGUUGUAGAUGAUCAAGGUUAGCAAUUAGGUAGACCGGUACAGUAGUCACGAUUACUAAAAACUGUAACGCUGUGUUAUUUGUUCGAAAAUAAAUCUAAAAAAGAGAUACUGAAAGACACAGCAAAGAAAGAGAAUGGGUUUCUUUAAACUAGCCCUAAAGAAAACUAGCAACAGCCAAAAUCGAUGCAUCAAUAAACUACUUGAAACACUAACUUGUUGCACUCUACAAUGUUCAAUAGCAUAUGAAGUAUUUUCCACAAAACUUCUGAACGGAUACGAUAAGUUCCUGCUAAAGCCCAUCAUUCUCUAUGCUACCUGCAAUGCCAAUCACGAUGUGGUUAUUUUCUUCUCGGAAAACGAAAGGAGCUUUUCCAGAUUUCUCUCCAAUACGCUCACUCUCGUAAUACGUACGAGUGUAAUUAAUUUCAUCCGUACGAUCUGCUCCUUUGAGUAUUUGCCACGUCUUAUCGUCCAGCUUUUCGAGAUCGGUGGCCUUUGGCUGAUGUUUUUCUUAUCCAAAAACUAACAGCGAAUGUUUGAUUGAACGGUUUUUGAAUGCAUUUUGCCGUGACGUAGCACUGGGUAAAGGCUAAUAAUGAACACAUUCUCUAUAGUGCAAACUUUCCCUACUCGAAUGUAGCAAAACUUCAUGUUUUCGGGUCAUGGGUUUUCUAAUCCAACCAUCUAAUUGGUAAAAUCUAUAUAGGGAAGCCAAAAGAAGAAAAGAUAAGUGUG